UCCUUCACUACUGAGUAUAGGUGCUGUGAUUGGAUUGUGGUUGGAUCAUUGACUCUUCUACUUGCUCUCUUGGUGGUCAUCAUUUUGCUGGUUGCUCUGAGAUAUCGGAAAUAUAAAUCACAGACCUCGAGCAUCAAUGAAAGUAGUCCACCAGAUAUUCAGUCAUUAUCUGCUCUGAGCAGGUAUUACAAAGAGUUAAGACCAAGAUGGGACGUUUGCUACUGUCACUGGCUAUCUUUCUCAUCAGCACAUCAGCUGUUGCAGCUCAGGUCCAAUUCAGGGGAUGCUUCGCUGAUCAAUCCUGUACUACUUUUGUUAUGGAGGGACCUUCUUCCAAUGCUGAGGACUGUUGUGUCAAUAAUAAUGCAGGACUGUAUUACAAUGAUGGUGGUCAAUGUACCCUGUGCAUAGUGUAUGGCUGGGGCUCGGACACCUUCACUAGACCAGAGGCCCAAUUUCCUUAUGAUUUUCCACUUGCAUACUUUAAGGGUCCACCUGAUGCACAGCUUAGGAUGGCAAUUGACUACAAUGGGGAAGGAACAGCUUUAGAAGGGGAGUUUGGUAUAGGUCAGAGUGUUGUUUCUCUACCUCUCAACCCUGGCGGAACUACCUCCAUCACUUUCCAAGCAGACAGAGUGGCAUUGGAACCAGAUGAGACUUUUGUGUUGGAAUUGACGCUGCUUGGUGUGGAAAAUACUAUAUUCGAACGUUUUUUCGAUUCAUCUUUGUCAAAUGUUUUCUUUCGGAAUAGGCAGGAGUUUAUCAUACAGGAGAGCACUGCUAUCGUUUUUCGGCUGAGAGAGAGCGACAGAGUUGUAGAUGAGGGUGAUGCAUCCAUCUCCAUUGAGGUGACAGUGGCCAAUGAGGUAGAACUGGCCUCUGAUAUCUCACUACUUCUGACACCCAUGAUCGCUCCUGAAGAUUUUACACCUCUACCAGCUACCAGACCAUUUGCAAGAGCUAAUACUAUUGAAGGCAGGAUAGAUUUCUUUACUACACCCAUCACAUUGAAUUUUAUGGCUGGUGGAGAGAUUCUUUUGGCUGGCGAUGUACUGAUAUAUGAUGAUCUGAUUGACGAAGCCUUGGAGUAUUUUGUGGUUACUUUAACCUUUCAAGAUCCCGAUAAUUUGCCACCAUUAGCUUCAAUUGAAAGCAAUAGCGGCGAUAUAAUUCGCAUCGACACUGUAGACAACGAUGAUAUAUUUAUUGGAUUUGCCCUACCAAGUACAACAUAUCCGGAGGUAGAAGCCGAUCACCAAAUUCGCAUUAUCAAAGGAGCAGGCAAUGUCACUGAACAAACCAUCAGCUUUUUGGUUAAUUUGUUCCAAACUGCUCCACCUGGACUUGGAACCGCCACUCCCUUAGAUGACGAAGAGGACAAUGAUUUCUUUAUUCCAUUAAUUUUGCUAUCAAUAGAACCAGAGGAAAAUGACACGUUUACAGAUGUCAGUAUAUUUGCGGACGAACUGCCUGAGGUAACAGAAGCUGCUCAACUCAGACUAAGUCUACCCACUGAUGGAGUGUUCCCGGUGUUCAAGACCCUCCCCCAAUACCCCAGCUUCUUUAUCAUUAUUGCAGAUGAUGACAGUUUCCGCAUUGGCUUCGAGCGAACCUCGUACAUAGUUAACGAAGGGAUUGGCAUGCUGGAAGUGUGUGUGAGAAUACUUGAACCUCCAGAAGGCACUCGUAUAUCCGUUAGUAUUGGGGUUGAAACUGUACGAGGCACAGCAGAUGGAAGUGACUAUAGAGAAAUGUCUGGAUCAGAUGCUGCAUUUGUUUUGUUCUUUGACGAUGUUGUUCGUCGGAGUUGCAUCAAUGUGGAAAUAACGGAAGACAAUCGUUACGAAUUUGAAGAGCAGUUUUCUCUGCAAUUAAUUGACCUUCCUGGCUCUGAUCUACCUUCCAACUAUGUGUUCGAUCCACCCACAAGUACAAUUGUAAUCCGAGGUGCUCCAUUUGGGGGAUGCUACAGCAAUUCUUCCUGCUCUGGUGAUAGCCUGGGACCUACAAAUGCUGAAGAUUGCUGUGUCAGCAGUGCAGGAACGUACUUCAGUGAUGAAACAACUUGCUUCCAGUGUAUAGUGUAUGGCUGGAGCUCAAGCAAUUUCCCUGCUAGUGAGGCCCAAUCACCUUACAGUAUUCCACUUGUCUACUCCAAGGGUCCAGCUGCUCAAAUCGUUUUCACUGUCAAUGACACUUCAAAAGGAACAGCUACUCAAAACGUGGACUACAUUCAAAACCAACAAGUUGUGACUCUAUCUCUCAAUGCUGGUGCAACUGUUUCUGUCACUUUUUUAAUUGACACCAUUGCAUUCGAACCUGAUGAGACUUUUGUGCUGGAGCUUUCAGUGACUUCAAUUACACCAGCAGCGAGUGUACCACUUCUGGAUGCUUCUCUGAUAAAUGUGUUCUUUCAAAGAAGACAAAACUUCAUUAUACAGGACAGUACAGUUCAGGCUCAAUUCACUGGAUGCUUCACUGAUCCUGACUGUGCUACUGCUGUUAUGGGGGGACCUUCUUUCAAUUCUGAGGACUGUUGUGUCAGCAAUAAUGCAGGACUGUAUUACAAUCAGGGUGGUCAAUGCUUCCAGUGCAUAGUGUAUGGCUUUGGCUCGGAUACCUUCACUAGGCCAGAAUCUCAAAUUCCUUAUGAUGUUCCACUUGCAUACUUUAAGGGUCCAUCUAUUGCACAGCUUAGGAUGGCCAUUGACUACAAUGGAGAAGGAACAGCUUCAGAGGAGGAGUUUGGUAUAAGUCAGAGUGUUGUUACUCUACCCCUCAACCCUGGUGAAACUACCUCCAUCACCUUCCAAGCAGACAGAGUGGCAUUGGAACCAGAUAAGACUUUUGUGUUAGAGUUGUCACUGCUUGGUGUGGCAAAUGGUGUCGGAGAACUGUUUGAUUCAUCUUUGCCAAAUGUUUUCUUUCAGAGUAGGCAGGAGUUUAUUAUACAGGAUAGCACUGCCCUCAUUUUUCGGCUGAGAGAAAGCGACAGAAUUGUAGAUGAAGAUGAUGGCUUCAUCCCCAUUGAUGUGACAGUAGCCAAUGCGGUAGAACUGGCCUCCGAUAUCUCACUAGUUCUGACACCCAUGAUCGCUCCUGAAGAUUUUACACCUCUACCAACUACCAGACCAUUUGCAAGAGCUAACACUAUUGAAGGCAGGAUAGAUUUCUUUACUACACCCAUCACACUGAAUUUUAUGGCUGGUGGGGAGAUUCUUUUGGCUGGAGAUGUGCUGAUAUACGAUGACCUGAUUGACGAAGCCUUGGAGUAUUUUGUGGUUACUUUAACCUUUCAAGAUACAGCUAACGUGCCGCCAUUAGCUUCAAUUGAAAGCAAUGGCGGCGAUAUAAUACGCAUCGACAUUGUAGACGAUGAUGAUAUCUUUAUUGGGUUUGCUCUACCAAAUACAACAUAUCCGGAGGAAGAAGCCGGUCACCAAAUUCAAAUUAUCAAAGGAGCAGGCAAUGUCACUGAACAAACCAUCAGCUUUGUGGUUAAUUUGUUCCAAACUACUCCAGAGGGACUUGGAACUGCCACUCCCUCAGCUGAUGGAGAAGAUAACGAUUUCUUAUUUCCAUCAUCAAGUUUGCUAUCAAUAGGACCAGAGGAGAAUCACACGUUUGCAGAAUUGACUAUAUUUGAGGAAGAUCUGCCUGAAGAAACAGAAGCUGCUCAACUCAGACUAAGUCUACCCACUGAUGGAAUGUUUCCAGGGUUCAAGACCCUCCCCAAAUACCCUAGUUUCUUCAUCAUUAUUGAAGAUGAUGACCGAUUCCGCAUUGCUUCGAACAAACCUCGUACAGAGUUUACGAAGGAAACAGUUCAUUUGGAUUUCAAUUCUUGCAAGUGUGUGUGAGAAUGUACGAACCUUCAGAGGACACUCCAUUAGGACCAUUAACAACCCUUGAUUAUGGGGUUGAAACUGUACAAGGCUCAGCAGAUGAAGAUGACUUUUCAGAAAGGACUGGAAACGAGCCGCCCUUCUUUUUAUUGUUUAGUGAUACUAUUCGUCGGAGUUGCAUCAGGGUUGUGAUAGAAGAUGACGCUCUUUACGAAUCAGAAGAGCAAUUUUCUCUUCGA